AUGCUUUUUCAUUAUAUUCCUCCAUCUGAUGUUCGUCCUGGUGAUCAUUUGUAUCAAUGGCAAAAUUUUCGAUUACUUCAAGGGAUUGCUGUUCCAUCCAAUAAUAAUCCAACUGAAAUACAUGUUGUUAUGUUAAAUGGACUCAAUAGUUUUCAUUUAGUAACACUUAAAGAGUUUACAGGAAGAAAAUUCUUGAGACGAGCACUUUACAAUCAAAGUGACAGUUAUUUACAUACAAUUAAAUUACGUGGAACUAGUUUCAGUGAAAGAGCAAGACCUGCUGAAGAAAUUGUACAAAAUGCUUUACUUUUAGUUGAUAAAACUAAUCGAAAUCCUGGAUGUUUACAUGAAAUUAUUAUUCAGAAUUUUGCUCAACUAUGUUGUACAAUUGAACAUAAACAAUGGCGUGAUAAAUGGUUAGGAGAUGAACAAAAUCCAUCGUUACCAAAUAAUUUCGAGCAAGCAUCUAUUCUGACCUCGGCCGUAGCUAUCAAUGAACAGAGAGUAAAAGAACUGGAACAGAUGAUCGAAAAACUAGAAGAUAAACAAUGUUGUCAAAUAUGUAUGGAUGGACUAAUUAAUGUAGCUUUUCUAUGUGGACAUGUUGCAUGUUUCGAAUGUGCUCAAAAACUCAAGACAUGUCCUAGUUGUCGAAUAGAUACACGUGAAAAAAUCAAACUAUUUUUGUCUUGA